GAAAAGCAACAUGGCGCGUAAAGCAAUGCAGUCGUGGGAGUGCGGCGAGUGCGGGUGUCGCUUUGGUCGUCGUUUAUUUGAUACCGUGUCUAAAAUGAACACGAAACAUCAAGACAAAUCAGACGGUAAGAACCGAUAACCAUUUUGAAAUCUUCCUAGCCCGGUCCACAGACUUACGGAGGCCAGAUGGACGGCGCGGGAGAGGUAGUGACGGAGGUGCCCAGCUCCCUGAAGAAGCUUGUGCGGCUGGCCACGCGCGGUUUCUACAGCACCGAGCACGUCAUCGUGGUAGACAUGCUGAUCCGUAACCCCUGCGUCAAGGAGGACGACCUGGCCGACCUGCUCAAGCUCGAAAAGAAGCAGCUGCGCGCCGUGGUGGCGACGCUCAAGAGCGACCGCUUCGUCAAAGUGCGACUCCGCAUGGAGACCGGCAGCGACGGGAAGGCGACCCGCCAGAACUACUAUUACAUCAACUACAAGGUGUUCGUGAACGUGGUCAAGUACAAGCUGGACCACAUGCGCCGCAAGAUCGAGACUGAGGAGCGCGACUCGACGAGCAGGGCCUCGUUCCGCUGCACGGGGUGCGACAAAAGUUUCACCGAUCUCGAGGCCGAUCGGUUGCUCGACUUCGCGAGCGGUCAGUUCCGAUGCAGCUACUGCAGCGCGCCCGUCGAAGAAGACCAAGACGGGUUGCCGCGCCAAGACUCGCGGUUGCUCCUCGCGCGCUUCAACGACCAGAUCCAGCCGCUGUACACCCUGCUCCGUGAGCUGGACGACGUGCGGCUCGCGCCGCAGCUUCUCGAGCCAGAACCGACGGAUUUGAGUCAGCUGUUCAAGAACCGCGGUGGCCGGGGCAGUCCGCAGCCGCAGGGCGCGGGCUCGCGGGGCCGCGUCGACGGCACCUGGAGCGGGGACGCCACCCGGCACCAGGGAGGCGCCAACCAGGCCAGCAUCAGCGUGAGCCUAGGAGAGGCCGGACCCGCCGCUCCCGCGCUGCCACAGAGGGAGACGCCCGUCUGGCUGGCCCGGAGCACGGUGCUCGACACGGCAGCCGCCACGCCCACAGCAGUACGUGAAGAGGCGGCCCCGGUGCUGGCCGAACAGGGUGCCAAGCCCCACAGCGCCAUCAUGGAGGCUCUUCUGGCCCAUGAGAAGCAAGAGGCCGCUCAGCCCCCCAGGGACUCCAGUGAUUCGGAAGACGGCCACGCCAUGCCAGAGCAGACGCAAGACGCCCAGUCGGAGGAGGAAGACGACGAAGAAGAGGAGGAGGAGACCCAGGUGAUGGUGGAGGGCGUGCCCGUUGCCCUCCAGCAUGUCACCGAGGAGAUGGUGUCACGCAUGACGCCCGCCGAGAAGGAGGACUACAUCCGGUUGCGCCAGGAACUCUACUCCAUGAUGUACGACUGAGUUUUAUUUGGUGGUGGUGGUGGUGUGGCGUCGACGCACGGACGCUCAACGAGUUUCCGCCUUGUAUUUGGGCGGCUUGAAGAGCUUGGUCUUCUUGCCUGUCUGGAAGCUCUUCCAACUCGUCACUCGAUUCUCCCGGCUCUCCUGCAAGAGUGUGAGGAUGUGGUCGUCACAACGAGGCCUCAUCCCUCGGGGUUUGUGCGCGUCAAUCCAUCGUCUAGGCCGACAAAGUUCUGUGGCAGAAAGACAAUGUUAAGUGCAGCGUGAUGGCAGCAAUGUUUCAGAUUGUGCUGCUCACAUGCUGGAAUUCAUUUGCAUCUUCAUCUUAUUUUUGUGCUGUUGGAAAUCAGCAAAGUUAUAAAUGUUACUAGCGCA